GACGUGUACAUAAAACUGUGUGAGUGAAUGUGGAUUCAUUCACAUGUAACGGUGAUAUUUGAGUAAUAUUUCAAAACAGCGCGUCGCUCAUAAGUUACAAAAUGACAACCGUGGAGGAGCUGAAGCUACGAAUUCGCGAACUGGAAAACGAACUAAUAAAGUGCAGGCAGAAAUGCAACGCUGAAGAUGCCGGCAGUCAUGCGCUUCUCAGACCAAAGAUUGAGAAAAUGAGUGCUGAGGUUGUGGAUUCAAAUCCGUACAGUCGUUUAAUGGCUUUAAAACGAAUGGGCAUCGUGGAGGACUAUGAGAAAAUCCGCACAUUUGCUGUAGCGGUAGUAGGAGUGGGUGGAGUCGGUAGCGUCACUGCGGAAAUGCUCACAAGAUGUGGCAUUGGUAAGUUGCUGCUGUUUGACUAUGAUAAAGUGGAGUUGGCAAACAUGAACCGGCUCUUCUUCCAGCCGCACCAAGCGGGACUCAGUAAAGUUGAAGCAGCAGAACACACACUGAGGAACAUCAACCCAGAUGUGGUGUUUGAGACUCAUAAUUAUAACAUCACCACCAUGGACAAUUUCACCCAUUUCAUGGACCGCAUAAGUCACGGGGGCCUUGAGGUGGGGAAGCCUGUUGAUCUGGUGUUAAGCUGUGUUGAUAACUUUGAAGCGCGGAUGGCCAUUAACACAGCCUGUAACGAGCUAGGUCAGAUCUGGAUGGAGUCUGGAGUCAGUGAGAAUGCUGUGUCAGGACAUAUACAAUUAAUCAUUCCCGGGGAGACAGCCUGCUUUGCCUGUGCUCCUCCUCUGGUGGUUGCGGCAAACAUCGACGAGAAGACCCUGAAGAGGGAGGGCGUGUGUGCGGCCAGCCUGCCCACCACGAUGGGCGUGGUUGCUGGCAUCCUCGUGCAAAACGUCCUCAAGUACCUGCUGGGCUUUGGAACCGUCAGCCGUUAUCUGGGCUAUAAUGCAAUGCAGGAUUUCUUUCCCACGAUGAGUAUGAAAGCCAACCCUCAUUGUGAUGACAAACACUGCAGACGACAACAGGAGGAGUACAAGAGAAAAGAGGCAGAGAGACCAAAAGAGGAAGUUGUGGUGGAAGAAGAGGAAGUUGUACACGAGGACAAUGAAUGGGGCAUAGAGCUGGUGUCAGAGGUGACGGAGGCGGAGCUUCAGGCGGCGUCAGGCCCAGUGCCAGAUUUGCCUGAGGGCAUUUCUGUAGCUUACACCAUCCCUGACAAGGAGGGAGCUGUGCCUACAGGAGAGUCUGUGGAGGAGACAGACCAGAGUCUAGAAGAACUAAUGGCUCAGAUGAGAAAGAUGUAGAGGAACACACACACACACAAACCACUCAUCAAACAUCAACACUUCACGCAUCAUAUGUUCAGAGCACUUUCCCUUCACCAUUCAUCAGUCUACUGUCAGAGAGGUGUACAGUGUUCCGUUCUCUUCUCUCUCUCACACACACACACACACACAC